AUGACAAAAGACUUGCCACGCUCCGAGUCACUAUUGAGCACUACCAGUUCCAUCAAUGAAGGAGGGCGUCAAAGAAAAGCUGACAUGUCUGCUGCUGCUGCCGCUGCCAUGGUAGCAGCAGCCAAGGCAUCCAAGCGUUCGGCAGCUCUCAAGUUAUCUUCCGACCCCGCUUCACUUGGGAAAGAGCUUGUUCACAGAGUUGAUACGCGUACUAUUCACACCAUUAUUGAUAAUAUUCUUACUUGUCGAGUUGAGGAUUCGCCAUUGGACACACCAUCGCCAUUGCUUGACAAAUUCAAAGCUGAUUCAACAACUACCAGUGUUGCAGGUGGCAACGAGGAAGUUCCCCACUGUCUCUUCACGCCAGAGAUUCAAAGACAGGGCCGUCAUGAUCAAUCAGCAGCAAUUGCUUCUCCGCUCGCUUUGAAGAACAAUGCACAAACCGGCAGCACAUUAUCUGAACGCCAUGUCCUGAAACGAGAGGCCGCUGUAGAUGAGCUGCUCACAACAGAAGAUAGCUAUUGCAGAGAUCUCGAUAUUCUUGUCAAUCAUUUCUUCAAAGGCAUCAAACAUGCCAAAUGCUUAUCUGAAUCAAUACAUAAUCGAUUGGUGAGGAACGCUGACGACAUUUUACAAUUCCAAACCAAAUUCAUGGAAGCAUUACGGCAAUCCAGCAUGGUGUUGAAGGAAUCAAUGAUGGAUGAACGUGUCAUCAAUAUCGCACAAUGCUUUUGCGAAUGGGGAGACAAGUUUCAAGUAUACAUUGAUUACUGCAUGUAUCACGACAAGGCAUGUGCUUUGCACAAAGACCUGAUUGAUACCAACCCAGCAUUUGUAUCCACGCUCGAGAAGCUCCAUUUGACCAAACGCCAAGCUGACGCCAAUGGACGACGCAAAUUCGAUGACUAUCUCAUUAUGCCUGUACAACGGUUGUUCAAGUACAAGCUGAUGCUCGAAUCCAUCCUUAAAACGACCCAGUCCGAUUCAAAGGAGCACAAUGCUUUGCUAAAGGCUCUAAAAGUGAUGCAUGGUGUCGCCAUCAACCUCAACUCGAAGAAAUCGAUCAUGGAAGCUGAGAGAAAGACACGAUUAUUCAUGAAUCGUAUAGAGCCUGAUUGGGUGAAUGCUGCAUCCAAACGAUUCUAUGGGCUAUUAGGAUCAUGUACUUUGAUUGGGACAUUGGAUGUCCGUGCGUGGCAUGAAGGACCUAAGGUUAAACGACUUGGAUGUGCAUUAUUCAAAUCCUACAUGAUCAUUGUCAAGGCCAAGAAAUAUGACAAGUAUGAACCACGCCAUUGGUUUCCCUUACGCAUUUUUGAUCUUGAGGACUUUCCAGAUGACCAUCCCAGCUCGUACCAUACAUGGUUCUUAAGGAACGACCAAUACACGAUCGAAUUUGGUGCCAUGUGUGAACAAGAGAAACAAAUAUGGGUGGAUGCAUUACGAAGAGCUAUUCAAUCUAGCAAAGAAAAUGGAGUCGAUGGGCAAACACCCGGCAAUGCAAUCGAAGAACUUUUUGUAUCCUCUCUCAAUAAUAUUACACCAUCCACAGCAUCCAGCAAUGUACAGCUUCAACAACAACAACAACCACACAUAUCAUCUUCAACCACCAGCUUAAGUAGUUACGCAUCACGCAAUGAGACGUCUACAGGUGUAGUAGCAAGUGGUAUUGACAAGCCAGAUACGCCUCAUACAACAGCUUCAAACGACACAUUGAAUGAUGAUUCACCCACACAUUCCGCAUCAGCCCAAAGUAGCAUGCUUAAUUCUCCAGGCAUGCGAUCACACGCCAGCUUUGGAGAUUUUUAUGAUUUCGUCACGCAUACGGUUGCUGACAUUCGUAUUCAGCGUCGCCAUCAACAACACAAUGUACGCUGCACCAACAUUGACAACAAAUUUGAGGACGUUUGCACAACGCCUAUAUUAACAGCUCGUACACAAGCACGUCAUGAUCGAUAUAGUGGAGUCGAUCAAUGGAAACGAAAGAGCCGUAUGGGCAAAUCAGCAUCCAUGCUUGCAUUCACCAAUGUUGUAGAGGAAGAACGAAUCCUACAGCAGCAGCAGCAGCAUCAACAGCAAUCACGUGUUUGUAAUAGCUCAGCAAUGUCAUCCCCUAGAGAUGCCAACAAACAUGGUAUGACUGAAGCAUUCAAGAGCGCUGUGCGUCGCAAAGCUUCACUUCCAAGUCGACUGCGGAUGUCCGAAUCAAUGGUGUUUGAUGAUAUCACAGCAAGAAUGGCAGCAGGAUCUGCACCACCGGCAACCACAGCACCGAUAUCAGCACCCCAACAACCUACGUUAUCUAAUACUGCCAACCAACCUCGUACUAGUGAUCAGAUGAACGAAUCUGAAGUUUACCGAAAACGAUCCUUGUCAUCACAACAUCGUCACCAACCGCCUCCUGUCAAUACUGAAAGCAUGAUUUUUAAAUUAUCAAGGCGAGGUUCUUCUAAUACAAGUAACCAAGCUCAUCCAAACAACAAAAAGACUACAGCUGCUGCUGCUGCUGCUGCUACUUCUCGUAAUGCUGAUCUUCCACCAACACCAGGCUUGCAACGAUCCUUUAGUGCUGCUACGAUGGGAUUUGCACGUUCAUCAUCCAAAUUUUUUGGCCGUGUCGUUGAAAAGUUGGGCACCAUUGGUACCCCUAGACGUGCAAGGCGAUGUGCAACGCAUCUUUCAGACAAGACAAGUACUACAUCAACUACACCUUCGUUCCAUUCAGCGGACAUUUCACUACAAAAUAAGACAUCCAAAAAGCCAAGGAGAUCUUUUAAGAAACCACCACCAUUGCUGAUUCCAGAGUCACCCGUAACACGUCCUGAUUCACGGCAUGGAGGUCGUCUUGCUCAAUAA